AUGUUGUUCGGGGGCAGUCUCACGUUUGACCACCGCUCACAAGAAUGGGGUAUAUUCAAGAGUCGUUUUAUCCAAUACUGCACUGCAAACGAUAUAAAUGACGGAAGUGAUAAAAGUGGAGUGAAACGACGCGCAUUGUUAUUAACUGCUUUGGUGGAAGAUACAUACCGCGUAGCCCGGGAUAUUGUUUUCCCUACGCCUUUGGAGAAUGAGGAAUUUAAAUUGCUUCUAGAAAAAUUGGAUACGCAUUUUUGUGAAAAAAAGAGUACAUUUGCGGAGCGAUACCAAUUUUAUAAAGCAGAACAGCGGGUGGGAGAAGAAUUAGCAGAAUGGGCAGCGCGAGUGCGACAUUUAGCACAGUAUUGUGGUUUUAAAACGGAGUUAGAUACCGCCUUGAGAGAUCGUUUUAUUCUUGGAUUGGAAAACGUAAAAGAGAAGGAAAAAUUAUUCGCCGAAUCCAUUGAUACUUUGACUUUUAACAAUGCGCUGGAAAUAGCACAGAGAGUGCGGUGUUCGCGCUUGGCAUUGCAAUCGUCACGGGCAGACACAGGGACAGCGCACCAGCAACAACCGGUAUAUGCGUUGCAUACCGGCAUCGGCCGCACCGGGACACCAGCGGCGCCGGUGGCGCCGGCGGCGAGAUCUCGUCCAGCUCGAACAGCAAGUCAGAAGUACCGUGUGAUUUUUCUUAUUAAAAAGUAUGAAAAGCUGUUUAGAAAUGAACUGGGUACAUUUAAUAAAUACAGGGUACAUUUAAAAAUUAAACCGGAUAUUCAAUUGAAAUUUUUCAAAGCUCGCCCGGUACCUUUAGCGUUGAAACAUAAAGUAGAAGGUGAGUUACAGCGAUUAUCGGACUUAGGUAUUUUGGAAAGAGUAGAACAUUCCGAAUUUGCUACACCGAUCGUUCCGGUAUUGCGUUCUGAUGGUGGUAUCAGGAUCUGUGGCGAUUUUUCAGUGACGCUAAAUAAAGCAUUAUUUAUGGACAAUUAUCCAUUGCCGCGCAUCGAAGAUUUAUUUGCGAAAUUACAUGGCGGAUUACAAUUUUCUAAAUUAGAUUUAUCCAGGGCCUACAACCAGCUAGAAUUGGACGAUUCUAAAUAUUUAACAUGUAUUAACACACAUAAGGGCUUGUUUAUUUAUAAUCGUUUAGUUUUCGGUUUAUCUAACGCGCCAUCUAUUUUUCAGCGCACAAUGGAACAGUUAUUAGGUGAUAUAGAGGGUACAUGUAUAUUUUUAGACGACAUUUUGAUCACAGGGUCUACAAAAGAAGAACAUUUGAAUAGGUUAGAACAGGUUUUGUGGAGACUACAAGAAGCUGGUUUACGUUUGAAACGGGAAAAGUGCGAUCUUUUUAAAGAUUGUGUAGAAUACUUAGGUUUUCGUAUAGAUAAAAAUGGUUUGCAUAAAUCAGAAAGUAAAGUAAACGCUAUAAUUAAUAGUAAUUGUCCAAAAAACGUUACAGAGCUUAAAUCAUUUUUAGGAAUGAUAAACUAUUAUAGAUGUUUUGUUCCUAACACAUCUAGUGUAUUAAGUCCAUUGCACGCUUUAUUAAAAAAAGGCACUAAGUGGACGUGGGGGAAAGAACAAAAUGGGGCUUUUAAUAAAAUUAAGUCAGAAUUGUCGUCAGAUCGGGUAUUGGCUCAUUACAGUCCAGAGUACCAGACCAUAGUGACGGCGGACGCCGGACCGCAGGGGCUGGGCGCUGUGUUGGCGCAGCGGCAACCAGACGGCACGGAACGCGUGGUCGCCUACGCGUCACGCUCCUUAUCUAACUCUGAACAAUUAAAUUGUCAUGUAAAAAAACAUGUGGAUCAGUUAUUGGCCUAUAAAGGAACUGACUUAUCUCAGGAUUUAGAUGAUAUUAGCCUAAGUGAUUACUACCCCAUUGUUGGGGAGGGGACGGACAGAAACAUGAGGGAAGAGACAGUUUCAUCAGAGGUUGUGUGUCAACCUAUAGUUCCGGAAGGAGCAAUCACCAAUCCAGAUGUCUGCGCUCCAGAGUUACCAGAAACAUCAAGCUCAUCUCAGGCAGAAUUUUCACAUGAUGACUCUUUCGUCUCCAUACCAGACCAUAACUCAGUAGGAACAACCGCUGAACAAACGACGUCAACUCCCCUGUCACUACUUCCCAUAGAAAAUGAUCCUCAGGAGAAACAAAUAUCUGUCCCAUCGACCUCAGCUUUAGUGCCAACGCCGGUGACAGAGUUGAGGGGCCAUCAGAAUGAUCAUACGAUGGUUACAGAAGCUGAACCUACGGUUAUUAAAAGAGGCCGAAAUCCAAUACGAUCCACAAGAAUGAAAAAGGUUAAUUAUAAACUCUAG